GGGAUGAGCCGCGCCGAGUGGUGAUCGCCGCUCGGGAAUGCGGGUGUGAAGGGUCCGAGCUGUCGCCCAGCGGGGAGGAGACCCCGGGACGCCGGAAAUCACCAUCCCGAAGCCGCGAGGAGGGGGGAAAAGAGAGCAUUCUUCAUUCAGUUGUGUGCCUUGUAGGGGAUUUUUUUAUUUUUUAUUUUUUAAAGAAACAUUUCCGUGCUACUGUCUGUCAUCUUCUCUGGGGAAAUCAGCUAGAACCACCGGAACGUAACUGAAACGAGACGAGAGAGGCGGGAGCCGAGGCAGUACCUGCAGCGUCCGGGCACCAGAGCCACCUUGGAACCGGAACGCGUCUCCGGCAGCCGCCGGGCUGCGGCUCCGCCAAACUUUGGGGCGGGCGGGGCGGGCUGCAGCGCUCAGGGGGCUUUGUAGACCGAGGGCGGCCCCCUAACCAUGAUGUUUCGCGACCAGGUCGGGGUGCUGGCGGGCUGGUUUAAGGGCUGGAACGAGUGCGAGCAGACUGUUGCACUGCUGUCGCUGCUCAAGCGCGUGAGCCAGACCCAGGCCCGCUUCCUCCAGCUCUGCCUGGAGCACUCGCUGGCCGACUGCGCCGAGCUGCACGUCCUCGAAGGCGAGGCCAACAGCCCUGGAAUCAUUAACCAAUGGCAACAGGAAUCCAAGGAUAAAGUGAUUUCUCUCCUGUUAACUCACCUGCCUUUGCUGAAGCCAGGAAACCUCGACGCAAAAGUAGAGUAUAUGAAACUGCUGCCCAAAAUCCUGGCGCACUCUAUUGAACACAACCAGCACAUUGAGGAGAGCAGGCAGCUGCUGUCCUAUGCUUUGAUACACCCGGCCACUUCGCUGGAAGACCGCAGUGCUUUAGCCAUGUGGCUGAAUCACCUGGAGGACCGCACGUCGACCAGCUUUGGCGGCCAGAACCGAGGCCGCUCGGACUCUGUGGAUUACGGACAGACGCACUACUAUCACCAAAGACAGAACUCCGACGACAAGCUCAAUGGGUGGCAGAACUCUCGGGACUCUGGGAUUUGCAUCAACGCCUCCAACUGGCAGGACAAAAGCCUGGGGUGUGAGAAUGGCCAUGUGCCCCUCUACUCCUCCUCGUCCGUCCCCACCACAAUCAAUACGAUUGGAACCAGCACAAGUACAAUUCUCUCAGGCCAGGCACACCACAGCCCUUUGAAACGAUCUGUGUCCCUUACCCCACCCAUGAAUGUGCCAAACCAGCCUCUAGGACAUGGAUGGAUGUCUCAUGAGGACUUACGAGCUAGAGGACCCCAGUGCCUCCCAUCCGAUCAUGCCCCCCUGUCUCCACAAAGCAGUGUAGCCUCUUCAGGAAGUGGUGGGAGUGAACACUUAGAAGAUCAGACCACUGCUCGUAACACAUUCCAAGAAGAAGGUAGUGGUAUGAAAGAUGUCCCAGCCUGGUUAAAGAGCCUCCGCCUGCACAAGUAUGCCGCGCUUUUCUCCCAGAUGACCUACGAGGAAAUGAUGGCCCUCACUGAGUGCCAGCUGGAGGCUCAGAACGUUACCAAAGGUGCAAGACACAAAAUUGUCAUCAGUAUUCAGAAGCUCAAAGAAAGACAAAACCUCCUGAAGUCUUUAGAAAGGGACAUCAUCGAGGGAGGCAGCCUGCGCAUCCCGCUCCAGGAACUGCACCAGAUGAUCCUGACGCCCAUCAAGGCCUACAGCUCCCCGAGCACCACCCCCGAGGCUCAUCGCAGGGAGCCCCCGGCCUCGCACCCACCCUCUCUGAUGGGCCCUGAGAACCAGAGCCUCGACUGCAAAGACAGCACUGCAGCCACUGGUGCCACGGCCACCCCGCCAGCCGGGGCCAGCGGUGGGCUCCAGCCACACCAGCUGAGCAGCUGUGAUGGAGAGCUGGCCGUGGCCCCCCUGCCCGAGGGAGACCUCCCUGGACAGUUCACCCGCGUGAUGGGAAAAGUGUGCACACAGCUCCUGGUCUCCAGACCUGAUGAGGAAAACAUAAGUUCCUAUUUACAGCUCAUAGACAAGUGUCUAAUUCAUGAGGCAUUUACAGAGACACAGAAAAAAAGAUUGUUGUCAUGGAAACAGCAGGUGCAGAAGCUCUUUCGGUCUUUCCCUCGGAAAACCCUUCUAGACAUAUCUGGAUAUCGACAGCAAAGAAAUCGUGGCUUUGGGCAGUCCAACUCCCUCCCGACGGCCGGCUCUGUGGGCGGCGGCAUGGGCAGACGGAACCCACGCCAGUACCAGAUCCCCUCUCGGAACGUCCCUUCCGCCCGCCUUGGCCUCUUGGGCACCAGUGGGUUUGUCAGCACCAACCAGCGCAACACCACCGCCAACCCCGCCAUCAUGAAACAAGGAAGACAGAACCUCUGGUUCGCCAACCCCGGGGGCAGCAACAGCAUGCCAAGCCGCACCCACAGCUCGGUCCAGAGGACCCGCUCGCUGCCCGUGCACACCUCUCCGCAGAACAUGCUGAUGUUCCAGCAGCCAGAAUUCCAGCUUCCUGUGACUGAACCUGACAUCAACAACAGGUUGGAGUCCUUGUGCCUCAGUAUGACCGAACACGCCCUGGGAGACGGGGUUGACCGGACUUCUACAAUCUAGAAGCCGAAGAUGAGAGUGACCGCGCUGGCCGUGAAAUCGACUGCUGCGGGUCCAGUGUCUGCCACCUUCAGGGUUGCACAGAAUCCACCAAGAUACUCUGCAGCCUUUUUUCCCUGGUCCCUCUCCCAUUUUGAUUUUGUGAGAGCGUAGGUCAUCCUUGUAAACAUAUCAGUAGACCUGGGAUUGGUUAUGUUGUCAUUUGUUUCUGUCAUGGGAUGGUUUGGUGUGCAGGGUAGGGAGGGUCUCUAGGGAAAUGUGGAGCUGGGAGGUGGGCGGAGGAAAUAUAAAUGGCUUCCUGGAUGGAAAGAGAAAGGGAAAACAAAAAGUACUGCCAUGAAAGAGAUAGGAGGGAGGCAGAAGCCCCAGCCCUGGGAAGCCUUCUGGCUUCACGAUCACGCCAGAAGUGUAUCAUGAGUACAUGCGACCAAAGCAAGAUGGCGGCUCGCCCUUUCGUAUCUCCCCACGUAGAUUUCCCUGAGGCCCUGGCCUGAAACAGCCACAGGAGAGGGUCACAAGGCAACAGAGGCGAGAAGGGAGAAAUCCCCUCCGACAAAAUUUCAGAUAAACUUUGUUUUGUGUAUUGUUUACAUAACAAUUUUAAAGGGUACAUAAUGUGUAAAGGGUUUGGGUAGAACUUCUCUUCAUACUAUGGUUUUUGUAAAGGAUUUUUCGUCAUUAUGGAUUCAUUUUUUUCCUCUAUUUUUAUAAUAGCAGCAGGGUUGUCUUUUACAGUGGCUGUGCAGCUCACUUCUGGGAAGAUGGAUGCAGUCAUGUAGGCCUGGGUUGUCCGUCUUCCACCACUAGGUGGCGGGACUGUGUGGGUGGAUUGGAAGGGCCAGGAUGUGGUGGCGGAUUGAGCACGGUACUUGGGCGAGGGCAUGAGGACGAUGGGAUGGCAACGUGUGAUCAGUUACGGGUUUGCUUGCAGGUCACCCAGCGAUGCUGAAAGAAUCCUGCGGGCCUCUCUCUGGACUGGAUUUGCUUCCGAUCUUAGACCUCUCUUGAUUCCCACCCUCCCCCUGGGGCUCUGUCCUAUCCUCCCUGCUCCUCUCCAUACACACACGGUGGGGAUGUCUGCAGGAGAGAUGGCGAGGCCGGGGGCUCUGCCUUCGUGAGAGGUCUAGUGCCCAAAUAGUGAGCUCAGAGCAUUUAGGGUGAGGGUGCUCAUAAAAAACCUGGGUCUCAGGUCUGCGUGCCCUCCUCGAGCCACUGAUGAAGAGGAAAGGAAAGCCCAGCGACAGUGUAUAAAGGGUCAGUCAGCAAGUGCCAGAGAGAGCCUGUGGGGAGAGGCUUGGAAGAAGAUAGAGGAAAGGUUCAUCUCACGAUGAAGCAGUGGUCCCGUCCAUGCAGUGUAAGUCAGGGAUUUGCUGAGUUGUUGGCUGAUUUAUCCAUCCACACAGAGGAGGGAAGGAAAAAAAAUUCAUUACAUGGUGAGAGAUUAACAAACUAUGGUACCGCAAAGUAAUAGCUCUAUUUCUCUAGGGCAGGAAAGGCGGUGUUUCAGAAUUUGAUGCAGUAGGAGGUAUUAGAGGAAAUCAAAGAGGAGUUGUGCUUUGCACUGGAAAAUUGGGUUGUGUAAAUGAUGGUAUGGAUGCUCAGCCAGAGGCGAGAUCGGGGAGGUGGUAUGUAAGUCCUCCUUAUUAAAUGGAUGAGUCUAGUGCCGUUUUUUUAAGUGCAGUCGGAGUCGAAAUUAAGGAGAUCAGACCAUGAAAAUCAGUGCGCUCGCUUAGGUUAUUUUUUUAAAAGUUAAUGAAGUACAUACAGAUUUAAAAGGCCUUAAUGAAAUCUAAACAACUUUCUUUUACCUUCAUGAUUCAAACUGUACAUCCAUCUCAGCCAUGGAUGCUACGACAUCCUUUUGCAGCCUAAAAAGGUAAGAGAAUCUAGCGAGCAAAUAAAGCUUGAAUCCACAAUUUCAUGCCUUGCAUUAAUGAAAAGGGACAGACCUCUCCUUGGGCAACUAGGUUCUAAAAAUGCAAAUCCAUGUGCAGAAAGAGACAGCAGUUUUUCUUUCUUUUUUAAAGUGCCAUUAACAGUCACCUUCCACUCCCUUUUUCUAAACAAGCUUAGUGUUACUUGGGGAAUGUGAGGAGCGAUGAUCACAUGUAAGAGAGGAAGAGGUCAAAAUGUUGAAGGUCAAAGGUAAGACCAGAGGGUUUGUGAAUGUGUUUUUGGAUGUGGGGAAAGUUACUAGAGAAGGAAACAGUAGUAUUGCACACCUCACUGAGAAAGAAAGCAUUCAGAGUGGCUGCAAAACACAUCUCCACAAAGACUCGUGGUGUUCAGAAAACAGAUUGUGAACACAAUCACAUGCGCAUGAAUCCUUUAAAAGGAAGGCCUGAAAGUAUUUGCAAAUCUGAAUUUCUGUUUAUUCCUUCCCUGAAUAUAGAAACAAUGGUUAUCUGAUUAUUAGAGAGAUUAUUUUGGAUAUGUUACUUAUUAACUUGCUAUGGCUGGUAACCAUGAUAAGUCUGUUAUUGAUAACAACAUAAUUCUUUUUUUUAAAAAAAAAGAAAAGCUUAUUUUUCAUUGACUGUGUAUAGAUUUAUCUACUUAGUUGUGUUUGCUCUUAGUGUUUAAAAUUUUUUUUUAAGUUGACUGUUCUGAUAAAUUUUAGGAGCCUGUCCUACCUUGUUUUGAGUCCUGUGUUGACUGCAGGUAUACAGCUCAAUUUAAAAACCCUAAAGCAAGAGAAUUUUAUUUAUAAAAGAAUCAAAACAGUUGCAUGCAUAAGGCUGUGAAGUCAGAUAUUUAGGAAUAAAGCGGCAGUGCCUUUUUUUGUAUUUACCCAUCGACUCUCCCAAAUGCAACUGUUUUAUAUAAGUAAAUAGUAAAUGAUUUAAAAAUCUCAGAAUAAAAUCUAUUUCACUAGUUUCCCCCCCUCGUUCGGAUUUGAGCAGUGUGUACUGGGCACCUCUACACGUCCCAGGGACUGUGCUGGUCUACAAUAUUGUUAUCGUGUAUGAUGUUUUACUGGUGCUUUUUAUUCAUAGUGGUUUCUUACCAGAAACAGUAGGAAGACACACAUGAACUGUGUUCAAGACAUGAAACAUUGCUGCUGAUAUGUUUUUUUCCACGUGCUUUUGAGUUUUACUUUUUUAACGAGAGCCAGCAAGCAAAAUAGACACUGCUGGGUCUGCCUGCCAAGAGCAGCUGUUUGCACCAAGCUCUCAAAUCCUGUCUACUGAUGGCCCCUUUUUUUGGUACACAGGAUUGGAGCGACAGCUGGGCCCCCUCUCCCAUUCGUUCAAAGAGACACUGAGGGAAACCAGGUUUUCUUUUGAGGUGUCAUUUGUCUGCCUUUUAGGGAAUGGGAGCCUUCUCCGGGUCUUUUGUCCUUCUGCACCUCUUGUAGCUACUGCCGGUGCAAGGUUUGUAGACGUGUGCUCCC